AUGCCGCCUUCUUUGUUAGACGCCGAGGGUGAGACCCCUCCAAUUGAAUCCUUGGCCGGCCAGGCUCAGGCACUUGCUACAGGCUUCGCAAUUUACAACUAUCAAUCCGAGCCUGACGAAAUUCCUCUUGGUCGUACAUACCCUGCGCCUGAUCCCGUACCUGCCCCAGUUACUCCGCCGCCUCUACCUCCAAAGAAGCAGAAGUCAAAGGCAGUAGCCGCUCCUAGCAAGCAGCCUAAGGUUAUGUUGGGUGCUCCUUUCGAUCCUCCCUGCCUCAAUUGCUUGCGCUUUGCGAUUUCGGGCAAGGGAGCUUUCGAACGCUCUCGCGAGAGCGUUGGGCGCAGCCAACAAUGCGUAGCUUGCUGUGCUGGCGGCUAUAAAUGUUACCCUUUAUAA